AUGCUAUAUAUAACGCGGAAAAUAUUCUGCGUAGGAGCGUUGCUCGCGCUCCGGCUCUUCGAUAGACAGGGCCUUCAUGUCCAGGCGAGCAGUGAUUUCAACAUCGUCGACGUCCUCUCACUUAAUUGGUUGGAGGAAUUCACGGCUAGCAGGGAGAAAUCAACCGAUAUUGAAUUUGAGGCGUUCGAUGCCGAACCUAAAAAGGAAACCACAGAUGCCGAAAAGUCCAAGCGACAGACAGUUGUGUUAUUUGGAGGUGAUAUUUCCGCGUUCCUGCCACCAGGGUUUAGACGUCAGUACUGCUACUUCCUUAUUUUCUGUAUAUGCAUUUUUAUCUACGCAUUUCUAGGGAAGAGUCGAAAUGAUGGUAUUAUGCAACAUAUUCUAGAAUUACAAAAGCCGUUAUUGGAGGAGGCCUUCGCCUAUGUUGCUGACCAACCAAAAUGCUUCGAAAGAUUGAGAUGGCACAAAUACCGUACCUAUGCAUCGGGGCGUACGAGCUGCGUGUCAUUAACGAUGAACUUUGACCUUGUAAAGAGACAAUGUGUCUGGCAUGAAUUGUUAUUGACGCCCCUAUUAUCACUAGAGGAUGUCAUGACUGUUGAGGUCACCAUGCCCAAAAUGGAACCCAUCGCACUUGCAAUAACUCGCAAGCUUACCAACAAGUCAUUUAUUAAGGAUAAUAUGGAGAUUGCAAACACAAUGUACGUAUACAAUACUGCCGAUAUUCCCAGUACUCAUCGCGCUUACAUUAACAGUACGGAGAAGUGCGCUACUAAAUAUGCCGAAUAUAUCAUUGCUGCCUGCCAGGAUUUCAUGCCGCAGCUCAUCGCAUUAUACAUAGUAGAUGAAAUACCGGACGUCAACGGUUACGUCCCUGAGAACAAAAUGACAUUCAAGGUAUCUAUAAACAACGACCCCAAGUUGGCUGCCACUGUACUAGAGACCAUCAUUCAGCUAGUUGACUACACGAAAAACUACAGCGUGUUGCCGAAAACUAAGGAGCUCAUAUUGAAAACUCGUAAAGCUAUGGUUGCUACGAUUUACAAAGAUGAAAUUAAGAAACAGCAGGAAGAAGCCAGGGAAGAGGCUCGGGAGGAAGAUCCUGCAGCUAGGGAAGAGAGGCUGAAGAAAUUGGAAAAGAAGUCUAUGUCCCGACCAAAACGGCGGGUUACGGGUGUAGACGUCCCAGAGGGGCUUAAGCAAAACAUAGAGCACCUUAAGCAACUGCACGAGAAGGGGUGUACGAUAAACGCCAACAUAGAGCAGUCCGUGGAAUUCAAAAACCCAUAUCUAUUAGAGGCAAUCUUCAAUAUCAAGGAAUAUUCAUCAAACUACAGUAAACACAUCUAUGAUCCGGAUUACUAUGAGGCGCUAGUCAAUCAACCUGACCCGGAUGAUGAUCUAGUAAAUGAAAUUCAGCCAGACGAAAGUCCAACCAAGGAAAAUGAGCCAAAACAGGGAAGAACGCGUCGGGGCCGCUCGGGGUGGUCUCCGGAAACAGAAGGCAGAACAUAA